AUGCGGGCUUUCAUCUUCCAAGGCCCAGGAGACAGCGCAGAGGAUUUGAAGUUCGUCGUUGCUGGCAUUCCCAAAUGGCUGGAAUUUGGCCUCUACGAAUACCCAGGACACGGUUGGCGUGCCAGUGAGGAGCCGGCGAAGGAUUUCGAGUCCCUGGCCAAGGAUGCCCUGGAAGCCAUCCAGCCGGCUAUUGAGGAGUUGAUCGAGGGCGCCAAGUACGAAGGUGCUCCCUUCGUUUUCAUGGGCCGGUCCGUCGGCUGCCAGCUUUUAGUCCAUCUGUCCAAGACGAUCCUUGUAAAGUAUGGCGUGGGGCCCAGUGCGGUGGUGGUCACCGACCGAGCGCCACCCAGCGUGCCGCUGCUGUCUGAGCAGGGACAGAUGGAGUUGAAGUCGGAUCCCAACAAGGUGGUGAAGGCUUUCAACUGGUCCAAUUUUGAGCUCAUCAACAAGAAGGUCUUCGCCAGCGAUUUGGCCAUUGGUUGUGAAACCUUGGACGCCUUCUACCACAAGUUUGAGUGCGACAUGAUGCUGCUGAAAGGCCAACACGAUGCCUUCUGCGAUGCCGGAAAGAAGAAGAGCAAGUACAAGGCUGUGAACCUGAAGAUUAAAGGCAAGGAGGAAACCCUGGACUUGCCAGCUGAAUCGGAAACCACGGUGGGCGACAUGCUUCAAGCGGUGGACAAGAUGUUCAGCUAUCGCAUGGGUGCGAAGUUGACCGCCUUGACACCCGAGGGCACAGCGCUGAAGGCCGAUGCCACGGUGCCCAGCGCCAUGGUCAUCGAUGGCUUGCAGGAUUUCCAGCAUGCGCGGUAUGCUUGGCCUCAUCCUGUGUGCAUCAUCGGUGGUGGCUUCUAUGGGGUGAAGAUGGCGAUGGAGUACAUGCUGCACAAGAACGAAAACAUCAUGCUCUUCGACCGUCACAAGGACGCCGGAGGCGAUGCCUGGCUCUACUCGGCCACCAAGUAUUCCAGGUGCCAGACAGACUUCGGCGCCUUCAACAUCUGGUGGGGUCAUCAGUUCAACUUCAGCGGCGACGGCGGCUAUGGGUCUAACCCCACCAAUGGCGGUCGCGCCAAGUACACCAAAUCCUUCGACGGCCCAGGAGCUCCGGAGGGAGGCUCCGGCGCAGGCACUGGUGUGGACUACCAUCCUGUGAGGCAACAGAUCUUGGAUUCUAUGCGCUAUGCCCUGGAAGAGUACAACUUCAGAAAGUACUGCACCUUCGCCACGGAGGUUGCCUCCCUGAAGAUCGUGGGCGAUCCUGAGGCGGACGAUCGAUACUAUGAGCUGGGUCUUCGCAAGCUGGAUUCGGACCAUGCCGUGGAGCUGCAGAAGGGCGGAUACAACGCAUACAGCACCGAGAAUGGCGGCGUCGCCUCCACUGUGAAGACCUCGGUGGUCUAUCACUUCCCAGGUGCAUAUGAGAUUAACCGCAUCAUCGACUAUCCAGGUGAAGAUGAAUUCAUUGCGGCAGGCGGACAGGUCGGUUACGGAAUGGGCAACGGACAAGGUGGCGCCUUCUGCUGGGACGACGGCCGCAUGAAGGAUGGACGUUGCGCCAUUUUGGGCAACGGUGCCUUUGCGGUGGAGAACGUCCGAAGUUGCGUGGAGAAUGCUGCAGCCAAAGUUUACAUCAUCACCCGAAGGAAGAGCCUUUUGUGUCCACGCCUUCCUUGCUGGUUCUGCCAUCAAGGCCCUGAACCGACUCCAGCCUGGAUGUUGCUGAAUCAGUUCAAGCCCAUGUAUGCCUUGGGAGGCUUGGAAGACCCCUACAAGUUCUAUGCCGUUCAGAUGGGCAACGACCCACACGAUGUGGGCAUCAAGCAAAGCAGCCGUUUCGGCAUCGGAGAUGUGACCUUCUUGUGCUUGGCCUAUGGCUUACUGGAGUACCGAGUUGAUACACUGGCGCGAUGCAGUGCGAAGACCUUGCAUCUCACGAGUGGUGAAAAGCUGGAGGACAUGGGCCACAUCUGCAAAGCGCUCGGCCUCAUCGGCGACCCGCGCGUGGAUAAGUUACAUGCCAUGACCCACAAAGUGGGCUCCAUGAUCAACGGGGACUUCAGGCGUGUGCUGGCGGCCGAUGCCACCGGCAUGGACGCGCGGCGCUUCACCACCUUCUCCGCUGGCCCGGGCGCCUGCGGCAUGGUGAAGCAGUGGUACUUCCUGCACAACCACCCUUGGCUGUUCAAGGAAGCUUGCAACAACGGCAUGAUGAAGCUCCUGCCGGUGCACAAGAAGAGUGACACACAACCCGAUCAGCCUGUGUACAUGACUAACGUUCAGUAUGAGAUGUGGGCCGGUGGUGUCUUUGGCAGCUACUUCCCAAGCAUGGCAAUGUGCUGGGGUGAUGAAGCGGCUUAUAAGUACUCUUUGAUCCACACCAUGCACCCUGUCAAGAAGUUCUUUGAAUAUGCCAAAGCUGACUGGGAAAGAUAUGAGACCAUGUUCCGCACGCACUGCAAGGGCUGCGCGGAUAAGCCGAAGGUGCCUUAUCCCUACACCAUGGACAUGGUCAACUCUUGGUUCACCGAUUACAACGAGGCCAUUCAUUGCCACACGGUGCCAGAGGGUCCUGAUGAUGACUUCAAGAGGAGCACCAUCGAGAUCUAUAAGAAGACCAGCGACAGGAUCCAGGUGGAUUUGAUUCCCAACUUGAUCAAGGAGAUUGGCUUGUUGAAGAGCGUCAAAGCCGGCGAAGAUCCGGCACAAAGCAUUUGGCUCAACAAGAUCUACGAAUUGAAGAAAGUGAUCACGCCCUCAGACCCUGAGACUUCGGCCAACUUCGAUGAGAAGCAACUGGAAGCGUGGAAGGACUUGGUCUGCGACGGCUUCAACUUCCAGGUGGAGUCCAUAGGCGGCAGCAGUUCUACGGCAUUCAGCGAUGGAGGAGCUUGGGCCAAGAUCAUGCCCUUGUUGACAUCGAAGAAGCCCGCGAUCCAAGUGGAGCUUCGCAGUGAUGGAGCCUGCAUAGCGACGAUGAACUCUGGGGACAAAGGAGGUGUCAAUCUGAUCACAGGGAAACUCUUCAAAGAGUUCGGUGACCUGGUCCGCAACGUGGCCCGUGACGACCUGGUGCGUGUGCUGGUGGUGCGUUCCGCCAAUGAGCAUUUCUGGUUGGCUCACCUGGAUGUGAACAGCAUCCUGAACGAAGUCAACCCGCCCGAAGACCGAGGAGAAAUCCUGAAUGAGUGGCAUUCGAAUAUGGAAGUGCUGCGGAAUAUGCCCAAGGCCACCAUUGCCGUGUUGACUGGACGGGUAGGUGGCGGCGGCCAUGAAUUUGCUUUGAACUUCGACAUGCGCUUUGGCAUCUACGGCGCCACGAAGAUUUGUCAGAUGGAAGUUCCCCUGGGCAUCAUCCCUGGGGGCGGCGCCUGUGUGAACUUGCGCCGGGUGCUCGGUGCAGCACGGGCCAUGGAGGUGGUGUUAUCUGGCGAUGAUAUUGAUGCGGAGCAAGCUGAGCGUUGGGGCUUGUUGAAUCGCUGCUUCCAGGACAAGCAACAGUUGGAGGCGCACCUGGAUGCGCUGCUGGCGCGGCUCUGCCGCUGGCCGUGCGAGGCCGUCCGCUGCGCCAAGGUGGCGCUGCUGGCGGCGGAGCGGAUGCCGCACACGGAGGCCUUGAAGGAGAACUUGAUGCUCUUCUACAAAUCCCUCAGGGGCCCCGAAGCCCGAGCUCGCAUGCAGAAGUUUCUGCGGGAAGGUGGCCAGACCUUCAACGGAGAGAUGGACUUGCAAAAGACGUUGAGCAAGCUUUGA